AUGCAAAUGGUCAAGGAUGUUCUAGCCAACAGUGAUAAAGUUUCAGAGGUCCUACAAGAGUCUACUCAUCAGUUCAACCUGCUUACUUCACCCACCUUCCUACCAAAGGUCAAGGAUCAAGGGAAAUUCACUCUCCCUUGCACACUUGGGCAUCUUGAGAUUGACAAUGCCUUAGUGGAUUCUGGAGCAAGCAUCAAUCUGAUCUCUCUCUCCAUGGCAGAGAAGCUAGGCAUAGCUGGAGCCUUGCAGCGCCCUACUACUUCAAUCAUGUUUGGAGAUGCAACUUCUAAGUCUCCUCUUGGAGUGUUCAAGAACUAUCACUUGAAAAUUGGAGAAUGCAUCAUCCAAACUGAUCUCACUGUGAUGGAAAUGGAAGAAGAGAAGGAUUUGCUAUUGGGAACUACCCUGUUAUUGGGAACCCCUUCCUUACCUAGAGGUUCAGACUUUUGUGCCACAAUUGACAGUACCACUCUCAGUUCUAAGAGUCAUGGAGCUACAAAGGUUGUGAAGGAAAGGGUUGACAAGGAACCAAGAGUUGGGAAGGAUAAGGAUGAGAGAGGACCAAGGAUUGAGAAGCCACGUCUUGAGAGGGCUAGAGUUGAGAAACCACGAUCUGAUAGGCCAGAGCUGAGACUUGUUCAAGCCCCUUGUGUGCUUGAUGAAGAGAGCCUUCAAGCUUUGUUUGAUGAGCCACUAGGAAGGGCUCUAAAAGAAGGGGAGGAUGUAGCCUCUAAGGCAAGACCAGGGAUAAAAGAAAGGAUCCACCAGCUCAGGCCCCUUCAGUCAAGCCAUCUCAGCUCACAAUGA